AAACAUUUCAAUUUCCUGAUUGAACAACUUAGAACCACACCUCAAAAAACCGAGAAUCAGCAUAAGUGUGGUUGGUGCUAUACGUUGGUGUUUGAAAGGGCAUUCAGCGAAUACUUUUGCUACUGGAUAUCGACAUUGUUUGGGUACAUUUAAGAACGGAGAUUAAACCCUGUGGCCUUUAAUCUGACUGGAUACCAGAAGAAGGAUCAAGACGCCGGGAGGCUUGAGCGAAUCAGGACCUGACCUUUUGGGGGCGGUGGGUUUGGGGAUUGACCAACUUUGGCUAUCUGAUGCAAGGGAUCUGGAUGCAUCAGGACUAUCCCAAGAUUGAGGGUCACAGAGGCUACCUGUCUUCACCAGCCUGCAGGGCGGCGACAGAGAGCAGGGCGCUGAACCGACAGAACCGGCGGAGCCCAGGAAUGAGCGAGUUCUGGCACAAGAUGGGCUGCUGUGUGGUGGCCAAACCCCCACCGAAGAAGAAGAGGAGGAAGAUUGACUGCAGCAUGAUCGGAGAGCCUACAAACUUUAUGCACCUCACACACAUUGGCUCCGGGGAGAUGGCGGAAGGUUUGCCGCCGUCAGGGUCAGUCCAGGAACAGAUGAGGUCCAAAGGACCCAGCACCAAUGGCAGAAGCAGCCUCUUAUAGCCAACAUAUGGACCAAUCCAAGGACUCGACGUGAGCUCAUUUUCCCCCUUCCUCGGACCCAGCCUCAACCUUCAUGGACCAACUCUGCAUAUUGCACUUAGGCCCACAAUGACCACCGCAAAUGGCACAAAAAAACACAAAAAAAAAGAUGACUUAAUUUCCCAGAAUCCCUUUCGUCCCCCAUCAUCCAGUUUCAAAUGGAACAUGACUCUUGCCUUGAAGCGGGAAAGUACCCUGGAUUCUCACUCAGCACUGGGGACUGGAUGGGAUUGUGAGUGGGCUUUUAGGAGGUAUUUGUUACACUUCAGGCUGCUGGCGGAUACAGAUUUUCCCAUUUGCCUCUGUCUCAAGCAAGGGAUUGUCCGAACAUUUCAUAUUUCACCAACAAGACCGUCUCACAAGUGUGAUACUGCUCUUUCAAUAACGCAAACAAAAGUUUUCUUUGUUCUUGACACGAAGUGGCGUGCAUUUGUGCCCUUUUAAAAGUGUUGUCUGUAAUGAUUAUAAUGCCUUUAUAAGUAGUAAAUGGUGGAAACUGAGCCCAUAUGUUUCCUAUAGUGCCAUGACAAGCAGGCACUUUUCAUAUGUAUUGCUAAAGUGCAGUGGUCAAAUUGUUAUUUAGGUUUUGGAAGCAAAGUUGCUCAAUUGACAAGCAGGAUGUGGCAUCACCCCUGGCUCCACCCGCUACUUGUCUGGAGCAGUUUAAGAUCCAGUCUUAGCAGCACUGUAGACAUACAGAGUGGGAGUGGUCACGUGUAGGCCUACUUUGCUAAUGUUUUGGCACUUUGCCCGUUUCACGUGGAUGAUUCUUAGAAGUUUUCUAGUCUUUCUCACACACAUUCCACCAUUAGUCACUCAGUCUUCCUUACAAGCGCACGCCAAGUUUUUCAUAGACAACCCUCUCAUAUAUACUUCUACCUUAAGUGUUAUUGCCAAAGUUAUGCCUUUAUAUAUUAGUUUAUUUUUUACCAUGCCUGCUUUAACACCAGCACAUCUGAACACUGGAUAGCACUGGCAGGAAGCCAGAGAAAUGUAUCGAUGUGCCUUGCUCAUAGGCACUGUACGAUGGCUGACCCUGUAAAACACUGCACCUAUCCGGUGUACGAGACACAAAGAAGAAGAAAUUCAUUACCUUCUGUCGUGUCCCAUAGACUCCCUUUUUGGGGUUUUAAACAAGUUUGUAUGGGAUAGUAGUCUUCUUGCGCAAUCCACUUGUAAGCACUUGAAAGCUGAAUGUAAGAUGCCGUAACUAAUCUUAAUCGUUUGCCUUUAUCUAAAAACGAAUCUAGUUGGACUGUUAGUUCAGCAGGUUUAUGACGCCAACAUCUCAAAUGUAUCAUAAACUAUGGCAACUUGGCCUUGGUUCUCCUGUUGCACAGUGUUCCUCUUAGAAUUGGCCCCUGCCUGUCUAAGCUGAGACAUGCUCAUUCACUUUUGAGCUAUUCUGAAAGGUGACUUUAUGGGCUUUCUGUUUCAAUGGCAAUCUACAGUUCAGGUUAGAGGAAACGGUAAAGCCUAUAAUACUACGGUGAGAAAGUGAUGGCUGAUUUUGCUUUCUGUUAUUUUUCAAUUUAUCAAGUUAUUUUGCCUCAUUACUGGUAAAUGGACCCGCUGUUGUCAUUGUAUUCAAUAUUACAUUUAGAUGCAUGCCUACUACAGUUCAGGCAAAAACCUGCCGUAUGAGAGAGUAUUUUUUAUUAUUUGUUUUACGACUGCCCUCCAUAUUUUUGUCAGCUGUGGAGCUGGGUUUUAAAGUUUUGUUUUAAGAUUUAUCUCUGACUGAAGAGAUUCCAGGAUGCAAUGUACGUGCUUUCUUUUUUCAGUUGCACUGUUUUCCUGGGUCUCCCUCUUUUAGUUUGAAUUGCACAUGUGUUCCACAGUCAUCCUAUGUGGACGUUGGUGAACAGAUGGGUGAUAGUAGAGGAAGUAUUUCAACUGCCGCAAAUCUGUGUUUUCUCCGCUUCUGGGCUUUUUCCCUCCUGAAAAUACAGUCUAUUUUAUGUA